AUGGUGUUAGCGUGGCUGCAAACACAGAUUCGCAGUGAGAAGGAAACGGUGUCUGACGUUAUCUCUGAGCGCAACUGUAUGCGACAGCGAUGUCUUGCCCAAAUUGAGACUGCACUGCAAAAUCUCUGGAACGAUUCUCGACCAAAGAUCGGUGUGCGUGCAGUUGAGGCACUCGGCAAACUGUGCACACGGCCACCUGUGCCAAAUUCGGAGUCGCAGUAUGUAAGAGACGACAGAGGUUUAUGUAGGCUAUGCAAGGACGUAUGCAUUACAGGGGAGCGUUUUGCCAUUCUUCUUGGCUAUAACUCAUCUCUGAGAAGGACGUGUGAUAUGGUCGCAGACAAUGCUCGCAAACGAUUUACGGACAUAUUUUUCCGAGAGUAUGAGUGUGAGCUUGCCGACAUGACAAGUGAACGGAGGUACCUUGAGCGGUGCUUUGCUGGUCUCGCGGAGGAAUUGGCAUUUCAAAGGGAUAGCGCGAAAUAUGUGACCAAGGCUUCCAUACUAUUUGGUAUUUGUGUCAAAAUAGAGACGGCUUUGGACGCUCUGGUGAGGUAUUGCUACCAAAGCAUUGAAAUGGAUGCCGCAUACCGACGGUUAAGCGACACGCCUUGUUGA